UAUUUAUUUACCCCUUUCUUUUCUUUCUUUUAAUUAUUAGAAUUAGUGAUUGUAUAGUUAGAUUCCCGAUACAUUCCACUUGGUGGCGGCAAUGCGCUGUACAGUUGUUUGUCAACCGCCAUAAAAUCACGGAGAAGAAGAUGAUGCUUUAGAAAAUAGUGGAAAAUAACGUGGCGCUGUUUGUGUGACAACGGAAGAAGAAGUCAGCUGGCUGCAUUACGAGAAACAUGGCGGCCCGCACACGGUUGCCCUUGCAGUCCCUACUCCACAAAAACCUGCCUUCCCUCAGAAACCAGAGGCUUGUUCACACCGAGGCGGCGGCCAAAGAGCCCGCCUACCCGCCCGUGGUGCCCUCUCUCACGGCUAAGAGUAAGUCUGCGAGGCGGCGGCAGGUCGAGGAGCGGGUGGAGAAGAUCCGCGCCGCCGGUGUGCAGGACAAGCUGUCACUCCUCACUCGCAUCCAGCGCAUGAAAUAUGUGGUCAUCCCGCAGACUUUCGCUCGCAACGCGGACAGGUGGUACCAGCACUUCACCAAGACCGCCUACCUGCCCGGUCUGCCGGACAGGUUCAGCGUCCCGGCGGGGAGCGGCGGAGACCCGCAGCCCGGAGCUCCAGACACUCACACCGGUGUCGGAGAUGAUGCGUUCACGGACAUCCGCUCCCUGGUGACCCAUGCGAUCCUGCAGGAGAAGUGGUACAUGAAGAAGGGGAGGCCUUUCCUGUAUAAAGAGCAAGAGCAUGUUUUUGGGCCUUUUCUGAGGAACCUGGUCACUGGACUCACCAACACCCUGGCCAAGCACAACCCACUGCUCCAGCUGUCAUGUAUAGAUAUUAACCCCCAGGUGAACUUCUAUUGGUCGAGAGGGCAGAGGAUCAUACCAAGGGGUCACCGGGGAGGCCGACCAGAGCCAGUCAGGUUCCAGGUUGAUGACAAGCCGCACAGUCAGAUUAGGAUAACUAAACAGCUUCCACAGUUCACGACGAUGGAGGCCUCGUAUGCAGCCGAAGUUCCAGAAAUCCCGUUUUCUCCCAGCCAGCUGCCUCUGUUCAGGAGACAGUAUGACAACAAUAUCUUCACAGGUGCCAAAGUGCCGGACCCGGCGUGUUACGGUCACACCCAGUUCCACCUGGUUCCUGAUCGGUACCACAGGGAGCGCAUGGCCAGGCGGCAGCAGUCUGACCAGGUGGAGGCCUUCCUCAGAGCCAACGGCCUGGCCAGCCUCUUCAGCUGGACCGGAGCGCAGGCCAUGUACCAGGGCUUCUGGAGCCGCGAGGACGUCAGCAGGCCGUUCGUGUCCCAGGCUGUGAUCACAGACGGUCAGUACUUCUCCUUCUUCUGCUACCAGCUCAACACCCUGGCCCUGUCUGUGGACACGGACGUGGACAACCCCAGGAAAAACCUCUUCUGGGGCACGGACAGCCUGCGUCUGUACGAGACGGUGCAGGACGGAGAGGUGGUGGGCCUGGACGACGGCGUCCUCAAGCUGCUGGUCCAGUUUCUCAUGAACAGUCCUUAGAGAUCUGUCAGACGUCCGGUUCCUGUCCCCCGUCCCAAAAGACGUCUCGUCGGUGUCUCGCCUUCGCUUCUCUUUGAAACAUCUUCGAGAUCCUCUUCAGUGUUUUUGAAGGCGUUGAAACGUUGAAUAAAUCAUGCAGGACCUUUGAAUUCAGCUCAGCAGAGACAGAACGUCGUCCCAGAUUAUAGAAAAUGUAACAUCUGUAAAAGCUGAAACAUCUGGACUGAGCUGUGCCGCGUGGUCUUAAUAUGUUGGAAAACUGAACAACAUACGACAAACUCCACUGUUCAAGUGUCACUGACUAUUAUUGUGCAGAAUGUAUUUAUGCAAAGAUAAAACCAUGCUUUUCAAAUGGA